UGCAGAAUGUGCCAAUCCAGGACGCACCACGAGUCAUCAGGGUGCCAACACCUGGAGCGCCUCACAUUGUCCCCAAGUAUGUGCAUCAGAAGCACUACGUGCCUGUGCCGGAGCCAAGCCCACCUCAGUAUCACAACGUCCCGGUGCCAGUGAAGGUGACAGAUCCUGGAAAGGUGAUCCACGUCCCGGUCCCUUUGCCGCCCCAGACCGUUGUGAAGAACAAGGUGCUCUACAAGACCAGGCACGUGCAAGUCCAGCACGUCUAUGACUGCAGUGCUGGCUACAGCAACUGGAUGUCUGGAUGGUCAUCUGGCAAAAAAAGUUGGUGCUGUGCCCAUGAGCAGCGUGGCUGCCCAGGUUCCCACUCCGGGCAGCUGUCGAAGACAGUGGUCACUCAUGUGACGACCCAUGAGGGCCCCAGCUACUAUCACCACACCAACAGCUACAACACUGAUGUCUCCGGUGGUGUAAUUCACGCAGGACACUACGGUGAUGACAGCGACUUCAGCGGAACGAGUGGAAGUUAUGUGACUGGAGCUAUGGGUGGAAGCUAUGGGAACGACGUGAGCCACGUUGUUCACCACUUUGUUCACUGAGAGGACAAGGAGAACUGAUGGGGUCACCCGGAUGAAAGAGCAUUCGAGGAUGCCACUUCUGCGACUGAAGCGUGCUCGAUUUGAAAGCGCAUCCUUGUGUGAAGUGACGAGGUUACUGUUGGAAGGGAUGUAAGUGCUCUGAAGCAGAGUCUUGCAACAUUUGUGCUGCAUGGCUGCCUGGCUGAUCUAGAGACCAAACUCUAGAGAUCAAACUUGUACAGUAUUUUUUUCAGAUGGACCCUGGACCCCUUAAGAGACGGAGACCUUCAGAGACGGAGACAGAGUGACGGACCGAGGCCAAGAUUUUUUGUCUCAAAUCGGAGACUUUCUUACGGUUCACUGGCUUGUCUGGCUCAGCGACCCUGCUGGGCUUGUUUUUGGCCACGUGAAUGAGUAGACGGUGAACCUGGCUCAUCCAAUGGAUCAGCAGGUUUGAUGCUGUUAGUUGUUUGGCGAAGUUCCAAGCUUUGACACCUUGAUUUUCGACUGGCUCGCUUGUUAG